AUGGCUUCCUGUCAUGGCGAUGUUACCAAAGACCCAAUCGAGUUCCGUCAGCGAGAACUGAUUAUCGCAAGAGAAAAUGGAGAUAGAGAUUUAGAAGGAGAGGCAUAUGUCAAUCUUGGUAGUGCUUAUCGCCACCUCGGUGAUUUCAAGCGGGCAAUCGAAUUCUAUCAGCAGGGCCUUAGUAUCGCUAAAGAGAUUGAAAACAAGGAUUUAGAAGGUUCUUUGUACGAGAACCUUGGCAAUGCGUAUCGCUGUCUUGGAGACGUAAAACAUUCCAUCGACUUCUAUCAGCAAGGUCUUAGUGUCGCUAAGGAGAUCGGUAACAAAGAUUUGGAAGGUACUGCAUAUUGCAGCAUUGGCGAUACCUAUCGCCGUCUUGGAAAUAGCAAGAAAGCAAUCGAGUUCUAUGAACAGGGCCUCGCUAUUGCAAAAGAGAUUGGAAACAAAGAUUCCGAGGCGAGUACAUAUGGCAACUUUGGCAAUGCGUAUCACGCCCUUGGUGAUUUUAAACAAGCAAUCAAAUUCCAUCAGUAUGGUCUUAACAUCGCUGAAGAGAUUGACAACAAGGAUUUACAAGGGACCAUAUAUUGCAGUCUAGGUAAUGCCUAUAGGUGUAGAUGUGAUUUUAAAAAAGCAAUCGAAUUCUAUCAGCUGAGUCUUAAUAUUGCCAAAGAGAUUGGAAACGAGGAUUUGGAAGGGACUGUAUAUGAUAACCUUGGCAAUGCAUACCGUUUUCUUGAUGAUUACAAAAAGGCAGUCGAAUUUCAUCAGCAAGGUCUUAUUAUAGCAACAAAGACUGGAAACAAAGAUUCGGAAGGAAGCGCUUAUGGAAACCUGGGCAAUGAGUAUAGCUGUCUCGGAGACUUCAAAAAAGCAAUCGAGUUCCAUAGACAGAGCCUUAGAAUUGCGAAAGAGAUUGGAAACAAAGAGUUACAAGGAAAUGCAUAUAACAACCUUGGCAAGGAAUAUUGCUCUCUCGGUGAUCUGGAAAAAGCAAUCGAAUUCCUUCAACGGAGUCUUGAUAUCGCAAAAGAGAUUGGCGACAAAGAUUCAGAGGGAAGAGCAUAUAGCAACCUUGGCGAUGCGUAUCGUGCUCUCGGUGAUUUCAGUGGAGCAAUCGAAUCCCAUCAGCAGGGUCUUAGUAUCGCAAAAGAAAUUGCAAACGAAGAUUCAAAAGGAAGUUUAUAUGCCAAGCUUGGCACUGAUUAUCAUUCUUGCGGUGAUUAUAAAAAGGCAAUCGAAUUCCAUCAGAAAGGUCUUCGUAUCGCAAAGAAGACUGGCAACAAAGAUUCAGAAGAAGUGGCCAAUAGGAGCCUCGGAGUUGCUUGUUAUUGCCUCGGCGACUUUGCUAGAGCUGAGAAGUUUUUUAAAUCGAGUAUUAAGCUGUUUGAGGAAACACGAUUCCUUCUCCAAGAUAAAGACGAAUGGAAAAUCAGCU